GAGGCCCCGCCCCACCCGUCAGCUGGCCUGGGCGCCCGCCCGGCUCUGCUCCGACCUUGCCGCGGCGCAGCGGGGGUAGGAGGCGGGGAGGAGCGGCGGGAGGAGCGGAGCGAGCGCGGCGCGGGGCGCAGUCGCCAAUGACCUGCGCGGAACCUGCGCCCCUGACGACCCGAGCCCACUGCGCCCCCUCCUCACGGCUCACCUGGUGCCAGGUAAGGUAACAGGUCUGGCCUCGCCCCCACGGACCAUGGCCUUGCCCCCAUGAGCUAGAGCCUGCUCCUCGGCACCUGCCCACCGCCAGCCAGCAGAAUGCAGCUGUGGAAGGCGGUGGUGGUGACCCUGGCCUUCAUGAGCAUGGACGUUGGCAUGACCACGGCCAUCUACAUCCUCAGCCACCUGGACCGCAGCCUGCUGGAGGACAUCCGCCACUUCAACAUCUUUGACUCGGUGCUGGACCUGUGGGCAGCCUGCCUGUACCGCAGCUGCCUUCUGCUGGGAGCCACCAUCGGUGUGGCCAAGAACAGCGCCCUGGGGCCCCGGCGGCUUCGGGCCUCCUGGACCAUCAUCGCCCUCGUGUGCCUCUUCGUGGGCAUCUACACCAUGGUCAAGCUGUUGCUCUUCUCCGAGGUGCGCAAGCCGGUCCGGGACCCGUGGUUCUGGGCCCUCUUUGUGUGGACUUACAUCUCGCUCGCCACCUCCUUCGUGCUCUGGUGGUUACUGUCCACGGUGCGGCCGGACGCCAAGGCCCUCGAGCCAGGGGCCGGGGCCGGGGCCGAGGGCUUCCCGGGGGAGCGCCGGCCCCCUCGUGAGCAGGCAUCUGGGGCCACGCUACAAAAGCUGCUGUCCUACACCAAGCCCGACGUGGCCUUCCUCGUGGCAGCCUCCUUCUUCCUCAUCGUGGCGGCUCUGGGAGAGACCUUCCUUCCCUACUACACCGGCCGGGCCAUUGAUGGCAUCGUCAUCCAGAAGAGCAUGGAGCAGUUCAGCACGGCGGUCAUUGUCAUGUGCUUGCUGGCCAUCGGCAGCUCAUUUGCCGCAGGUAUUCGGGGCGGCAUUUUUACCCUCGUAUUUGCCAGACUGAACAUUCGCCUUCGAAACCGUCUCUUCCGCUCACUGGUGUCCCAGGAGAUGAGCUUCUUUGACGAGAAUCGCACAGGGGACCUCAUCUCCCGCCUCACCUCAGACACCACCAUGGUCAGUGACUUGGUCUCCCAGAAUAUCAACAUCUUCCUGCGGAACACGGUCAAGGUCACAGGCGUGGUGGUCUUCAUGUUCAGCCUCUCAUGGCAGCUGUCCUUGGUCACCUUCAUGGGCUUCCCCAUCAUCAUGAUGGUGUCCGACAUCUACGGCAAGUACUACAAGAGGCUCUCCAAAGAGGUCCAGAAUGCCCUGGCAAGGGCCAGCAGCACAGCCGAGGAGACCAUCAGUGCCAUGAAGACGGUGCGGAGCUUUGCCAACGAGGAGGAGGAGGCAGGGGUGUACUCACGGAAGCUGCAGCAGGUGUAUAAGCUGAACAGGAAGGAGGCCGCAGCCUACACCUACUACGUCUGGGGCAGCGGGCUCACGCUGCUGGUAGUCCAGGUCAGUAUCCUCUACUACGGGGGCCACCUCGUCAUCUCGGGACAGAUGACCAGCGGCAACCUCAUCUCCUUCAUUAUCUACGAGUUUGUCCUGGGAGACUGUAUGGAGUCCGUGGGCUCCGUCUAUAGCGGCCUGAUGCAGGGAGUGGGGGCCGCCGAGAAGGUGUUUGAGUUCAUUGACCGGCAGCCAACCAUGGUCCAUGAUGGGAACUUGGCCCCUGACCGCCUGGAGGGCCGGGUGGACUUUGAGAACGUGACCUUCACCUACCGCACUCGGCCCCACACCCAAGUCCUGCAGAAUGUCUCCUUCAGCCUGUCCCCAGGAAAGGUGACCGCGCUUGUGGGGCCCUCGGGCAGCGGGAAGAGUUCCUGCGUCAACAUCCUGGAGAACUUCUACCCCCUGGAGGGGGGCUGCGUGCUGCUGGACGGGAAGCCCAUUAGCGCCUAUGACCACAAGUACCUGCACCGCGUGAUCUCCCUGGUGAGCCAGGAGCCGGUGCUGUUCGCCCGCUCCAUCACAGACAACAUCUCCUACGGCCUGCCCACCGUGCCCUUCGAGAUGGUGGUGGAGGCUGCACAGAAGGCAAACGCCCACGGCUUCAUCAUGGAGCUCCAGGACGGCUACAAUACAGAGACUGGGGAGAAGGGUGCCCAGCUGUCGGGCGGACAGAAACAGCGGGUGGCCAUGGCUCGGGCUCUGGUGCGGAACCCACCCGUCCUCAUCUUGGACGAAGCCACCAGUGCUCUGGACGCAGAGAGCGAGUACCUGAUCCAGCAGGCCAUCCACGGCAACCUGCAGAAGCACACAGUGCUCAUCAUCGCGCACCGCCUGAGCACGGUGGAGCGUGCGCACCUCAUCGUGGUGCUGGACAAGGGCCGCGUGGUGCAGCAGGGCACGCACCAGCAGCUUCUGGCCCAGGGCGGCCUCUACGCCAAGCUGGUGCAGCGGCAGAUGCUGGGGCUCGAGCCUGCCUCGGACUACUCAGACAGCCACAAGGAGCCGCCGGCCAGUGGCGGUCACAAGGCCUGACCGCGGGCCCGGCUCCUCACGGUGGGGCCGAGGCCCCGGCGCCCGCCUGGCAGAUGUACCCAUGGGGGGCCCCCCCCACACCCGCUGCCCUCUGAGCCCAGGCCCACAGCGCUGGAGGGCAACCUGCCAUGUCCCACGUGUCACUGCUUCCUGCAUCGUGCCCCUGCUUCCUGCCCCGUCCUCCGGGC